GCCGCCGGGGACGGUGGCCGAGAGGCUCGCGGAGCGGCGGGAACGGCCAUGGAGCACGGGGAGGCCGCCCCGCCACCGGCCGCGGCCGAGGAGAAGGGAGAGGAGGAGGAUGACUUCGGCUACCGGCUCUUCCCGGACCGCAACAAGAAGCCGCAGAGCUUCCUGGUCCGCAGCCUUUUCACCUUCCACAACAGGUGCCAGCUGAUGCUCAGGAUGACCCUAGACACGAAUCCAUAUGCUCAACUUCUUCUUGAGGCUCUGAAGCAGUCUGGCUGCACUGUCUUCAAUGACCGACACUUUUCUUGUGAAAACUGUGAUGGCUGUGUCAGUGGAGGUUUUGAUUCUGCCACAUCUCAGAUUGUUCUGUGUCAGAACAACAUUCGCCAGCAAUCACAUAUGAACCGGGUGGUUACACAUGAAUUGAUUCAUGCUUUUGAUCACUGCCGUGCACAUGUUGACUGGUUUAAAAAUGUCAAACACUUAGCGUGUUCAGAGAUUCGAGCUGCUAACCUCAGUGGAGACUGUACACUGAUGAAUGAAAUAGCCAGGUUUAAAUUUGGAUUGAAAGGACACCAUCAGACUUGUGUACGAGACAGAGCAAUUCGUUCCAUUCUGGCUGUUAGAAAUGUUAGCAAAGAAACGGCAGAAAAAGCGGUGGAUGAAGUUUUUGAUGCCUGCUUCAAUGAUCUGGAACCUUUUGGAAGAAUUCCGCACAGUAAAACAGAUGCAAAACGUGCUUACAGAGACUUUCAGAACAGAGAUCGCUAUAAUGCUAAUUUGUAAAGGAAAAAAACCAGACAGUGAAAAAUUUAUGUUAAUUGCUGGUUGCUCUGUAGCAUCGUGAGUUACAGUCUACACACACAGUGCUGGUGGAAAGUGCAAUUCUAGCAUAUGUAUCAACUAAUUUUGUAAACUUUUUCUGGGAGCCAACUUCCAUGGAAGUAAACAAAGUAAAUGAACAAGACUAAAAAUCA